AUGACGGAUACUGUAGUGGAGGAGGACAAGGACCCUGAUAUUGAACUAUUUGUUAAGGCUGGGAGUGAUGGGGAAAGUAUUGGAAACUGUCCUUUCUCCCAACGUCUCUUCAUGAUCCUUUGGUUGAAAGGAGUAGUCUUUAACGUCACUACUGUUGACUUAAAAAGAAAACCAGCCGACCUUCACAACCUUGCCCCUGGAACGCAUCCACCAUUCCUUACCUUCGAGGGAAAUGUUCUAACCGACGUCAACAAGAUAGAGGAGUACCUGGAAGAGAUGCUGGCUCCACCGAAGUAUCCCAGGCUUGCAGCGAAGAACCGUCAAUCCAGCGUUGCAGGAAAUGACAUAUUUGCCAGGUUCUCAGCUUACGUCAAAAAUACACGACCAGAAAACAAUCGCUCGUUAGAGAAGAGUCUGAACAAAGCCUUGGCCAAACUGGAUGACUACUUGAUGCGACCAAUCCCUGACGAGGUUCAAUCUGGACGACAUAGCGGCGAAGGCCCUUCCACCCGCAAAUACCUAGACGGUGAUGAGCUGACCCUUGCCGACUGCAAUCUUCUCCCGAAGCUUCAUGUUGUUAAGGUGGUUGCAAAGAAGUAUAGAAACUAUGACAUCCCCUCUGAGUUUGAAGGGGUUUGGCGUUACCUUGACAACGCCUACAAGAGAGACGAGUUCACCAACACCUGUGCAGCGGAUGUGGAGAUCGAGCUAGCCUACCAGGCUGUGGCCAAGAGACUGGAAAAGUGAACGCAGUGUAGUGAUAGCCGACAAAUCUUGAUUAUACAAAAACAUUUCAUAUGCUCCUUAUAACUAAUUUAACGUUUUUAAAACUGAUUUGUAAAUAUAGAGUCAAAAUGUGUAUUAGCAAGUAGAAUAGAGAAGAAUGUGGGGUCUGAACAACCCUAAAUGUCAAAUGUUAGACAUUUUGUCUUUUUUGGUCUAAUUCAUGCUGUUAUCAACAAAAACUGAAGUUA